AUGAAUCCUACCGCGCCGCCGGAUAUGUCGGGGAUGGACGCCUUGGGUUUGCACAUGUCGAACCCGAGCUCAAAAGCGUCCCACGCUCACCCCUAUGCCUCCUCGAUCGCCUCUUCGGCCUCUUCGUCUUCCUCGUCCGUCUUCUCGCUCGAUGCCUCGCAAAGUUCGAUCUCGUCCACGGCAACCAACCCUGUCGAUGUGAUCUGGGAAGAUGGAGAGACUCCGCUGGGGCGAACCAACCCGGGCGGUCCCGCUUGCCCUCGUGCCUUUGUAAAGGGCCUCCUGCCCAAAGCCGAUAAUGGUGUGGUGCCCCCCGAGCUUCGUAUGCAUCCUCGACGCACCGCCUGUGUCGCGAACAAUCAAGCGGCAGCGCGGCCUCCGCCUUGUCUGCUCCGACAGUCUGAGCGGAAAGUGAAUUUUGUCGAUAAUCUCGUCGAUACGGCGUCACAGAUUGUUGAAAACAUUUGGCCGCUGUCCGCCGCGGCAUCCCGUAGCGAUGCCACGACGGGCGCCAAGGGGGUUCUCCCCCUCCGGACGUUCAUUCAGGAAACGCUCCGUCGUUCGCGUACUAGCUAUAGCACCCUGCAGGUGGCUUUGUAUUAUUUGAUUAAAAUCAAACCGCACGUGCCCUCGCAUGACUUCACCAAGGAGCAACCUCGGGAUCAGUCAUCUAUGCGCGCUAUGCAGUGUGGUCGUCGCAUGUUCCUGGCGGCGCUGAUCCUCGCCUCGAAGUAUUUGCAGGAUCGCAACUACUCGGCCCGCGCCUGGAGUAAGAUCUCCGGCCUGAACACCUUGGAGAUCAACCAAAAUGAGUUGAUGUUCCUGGAAGCCGUGCAGUGGCGCUUGCACAUCUCCGAGGCGACUUUUCAGCGGUGGACCGAUCUGGUCCUGAAACUGACCCCCGGUGCCGGUGGUCCUCCGAUUGGAGAGGGUCAGUGCUGGCGGACGGUGCUCCCCGUCUCACCCCGGAAUUGGCGCCGCUCGACCUGGAGCCGAUGA